AUGGCUGGCACAGUCUGCAUGGAUCAGGACUCAACCAUUCACCUCCCUCGCAUCCUCUGCCUCCACGGUGGCGGCACCAAUGCACGCAUUUUCCGCAUGCAGUGUCGUGUGCUUGAGCGCACCCUCCGCUCCACAUUCCGUCUGGUCUACGCCCAGGCUCCAUUUCCAGCGCAGCCAGGUCCAGAUGUGACUUCAGUGUACAAAAACUUCGGGCCAUUCAAAGGCUGGCUGCAGGCAACCGCGCAAGCCCACGAGUACAGCGCCCAGAACGUAGCGGAGCAGAUUCACGACUCUGUAACCGCCGCCAGGUGUGCAGACAAUCUACUCGGUGCCACCGGCCAGUUUGUGGGGCUUUUGGGCUUUAGUCAGGGUGCGAAGAUUGCAGCGAGUAUCCUCUUCGCCCAGCAAUAUGGAAUGGGGUUAUCUGGCGGCCAGUUUGACUGGCCGGACCUCCGUUUCGCGGUACUCCUGGCCGGCCGGGGCCCCCUUGUAUGGUUAACGCCGCAGGCACCCAUGCCGCACGGGGUUGUUGACCCGACGUCUCCAGCAAUGCUUGUGCAACAACCCUUCCUUGCUGAUGACUCCGAUGAGCACAUUCUACGUUUGCCGACAAUACAUGUCCAUGGGCUGAAUGACCCUGGAAUCGACCUCCAUCGCGAGCUUUUGAAUCAAUAUUGCGACCCCAAUUCCGCAACUUUGCUUGAGUGGGAGGGCGCACACUCUGUGCCAACUAAGAGCAAGGAUGUGAAAGCAGUUGUGGAGCGAAUAUAUUCCGUUGCCCAGGAGGUAGGCGUGCUGAAUCUAUGGAGAUAA